GGAAGAAGAGAUCUCCAUCUUCGCCAUAAACCAAUCAUGAGUCUGGAAGACGGCUUCUGAAAUUCAGUUUGCUAUAAAAACUCUUUAGCUAAAGAACCAGUGCCACACCGAGCUCUGACCAGAUGGAGGUGAAUGCGGUUAAAAAACGCCAUCGCACACGAUCCAAAGGAGUCAGAGCCGCCGUGGAGGCAGUGACACAGGAGUUAUUCAGCUGUCCCACUCCAGGCUGUGAUGGCAGCGGUCACGUCAGCGGGAAGUACGCCAGACAUCGCAGCGUCUACGGCUGCCCGUUGGCCAAGAAGAGGAAGGCUCUGGAGAAACAGCCUCUGGAGCCGGCUGCCAAGAGGAGGCCUUUCCUCUCCGGGGGGGAAGAGGUCGUCUACACUAACUACCCGAAUGAAGUAGAGAAGGUGAAGGAGCAAGGGGAGGUAGUGGAGGAAGACGAGGAGGAAGAGGAGACGGGUAGAGAAGGCGAUGAAGAUGUGGACGACGAGUUCUCGGAGGACAACGAGGAGCAGGAGGAAGAGGAGGACGAGGUAGAGGUGGAGAGGGCGGUGAAGACAAUGGGAAGAGAACGAGCGGAGGACGAAGAAGAAGAGGAGGAGGAAGAGGACGAUGGGAUGUACGAGGAGGAGGAGGAAGUGGAGGAUGGCGACGAUGAAGACGAGCAGGAUGACGAGGGAGAGGAAGACGAGGAGGAGGAAGACGAGCAGCCGAAUCGUCAGCAUGUUGACAAGCACUACAAACCCCUCGGACAAUCAAAGCUUCUUCCAAUCCACAAGGACGACAACAACAACAACCACGGCACCAUCAGCGCUGGAAACGGCACGGGGGAAGAUUACGAGAAUUACGACGAACUGGUCGCCAAAUCGCUUCUCAACCUGGGGAAAAUCGCAGAAGACGCCGCCUACCAAGCCAUGACGGAGUCCGAGAUGAACAGCAACUCUUCAAACAGCGCUGGAGAAGAAGAGGAAGAUGAUGAAGACGAUUACAUUCAUCAUGGCGAUCGGAAAGGAGAACUGAGCGUGGAUUUGGACAGUGACGUGGUACGGGAAACCGUGGAUUCCCUGAAGCUUCUGGCACAGGGACACGGGAACAUGAUGCCGGAUGAAGGAUAUCCAGAAGUUGGAGGAGAUAUCGGACAUGCUAACGGACGACAAGGCAUCGGGGCGGACGAGAGCGAGGAGGAGGUUUGCCUCAGCAGUCUGGAGUGUUUGAGAAACCAAUGCUUUGAUCUGGCUCGGAAACUCAGCGAAACUCAAUCCUGCGAUCAUCCGGCGCUCCACGCUCUUCAUCACCAGCUCCAGAACCCCUCAGACCACUCGAUGAUGCACCACCUCAACAGGUACGACAGCUGCCAGCAGAGCGCUCAGGAGGAGCAGAGAUCUCUGGAGCGCAGCUACUCCGACAUGGUGAACCUGAUGAAGCUGGAGGAGCAGCUGAGCCCCGGGUCCAGAGGCUUCCAGGAGGGAGACGAGGACACGACGUCUGUGAACUCUGACCGCUCCGACGAGACCUUCGACAUGGCCAAGGGAAACCUGUCUCUGCUGGAGAAGGCCAUCGCCCUGGAGUCGGAGAGGGCGAAGGUCAUGAGGGACCGCAUGAUGGCGUCCGAUCACUCUCUUCCUCGCAGAGAUCAUCAUCAUCAUCACCACCGAGGAGAACACAGCUCCAGGCUGAGCUGCGCUGGAGAGGAGAGGAAGUCCAGGAUGCACCACGACGGGAUGAAGAGGGCGUACUACCCUAAAGACUCUUCCAGGGGGGAGAAGAAGGAGAGUAAGUGUCCGACGCCGGGCUGCGAUGGGACGGGUCAUGUGACCGGUCUGUACCCUCAUCACCGCAGCCUGUCCGGGUGUCCUCACAAAGACCGGGUCCCGCCUGAGAUCCUUGCCAUGUAUGAGAAUGUUUUAAAGUGCCCCACUCCCGGCUGCUCAGGACGGGGUCAUGUCAAUAGCAACAGGAACUCGCACCGCAGUCUGUCUGGUUGUCCCAUCGCUGCUGCAGAAAAGAUGACGAAGGUCCACGAGAAGAUCCUGCCGAUAGAAAGCGGCAUUAAAACCAGUCAGACGUCAGACCGGGUCCUCAGGCCGAUGUGUUUCGUGAAGCAGCUGGAGAUUCCUCAGUACGGAUUUAAAAACAACGUUCCCACCAGCACGCCGAGGUCUAACCUGGCCAAGGAGCUGGAGAAAUAUUCAAAGACGAGCUACGAUUACGGCGGAUACGACAGCCAACACGGAGCCUACGGAAAAAGAGGCCCGACAUCCAAGUCCCACCACGGGAGAGACACUUCCCCGAAGGGAUUCGAUGUGAAGCGUUACUGCAAGACAUCGAGCCCGACCAGCAGUACGACCAGCAGCUACGCCCCGAGCAGCAGCAGCAGUCUGAGCUGUGGAGUAGGAGGAGGAGGAGGAGGAGGAGGUAUAGGAGGAGGAAGCAGCGCCAGCAGCACCUGCAGUAAGAGCAGCUUCGACUACACUCACGACAUGGAGGCGGCGCACAUGGCGGCCACGGCCAUCCUCAACCUGUCGACGCGCUGCAGAGAGCUGCCCCACGCUCUGGAGAAAUCACAGGACCUGCUCACACAGAUCUCAGCAGUCAACUUGAGCCCGGUUGGAGAUCUGGAUGAUGGCGGGGGAGUGGAUGUGGGGGGGCAGCCCGGGGGUCCGGAGGGCAGUGGCACCGUGCUGACGCCCCUGCAGCCGAUGUCUCCGCAGCGCCAGGCUCUGCUCAGCAGCCGGUGCUAUCAGCUGAGCGAAGCCGACUGCUGGGACCUGCCCGUCGACUACAAGAUCAAACGGAUCGGGGACGAGCACGACCACAAAGAGUCUUCUUAUUUCUCGUCCCUGCACCAGGGCGAUGAGAUGGACCCGUUCCAGGAGCUGAUGGACGAGCAGCGCUACCCGGCAGAGGUCACCAUGCCCAGCCCCAAACACCACAAGUACCCGCCCUGCAAGGAGGGCAAGAAGGAGCUCAUCACGUUGUCGAGCUGCCAGGUGGCCGACAAGAACAUCCGCGGGAUGAUGAGUCCCAACGCACAAGAACUCAGGUGUCCGACCCCCGGCUGCGAUGGAUCUGGACACAUCACUGGAAACUAUGCCUCCCACAGGAGUUUGUCCGGAUGUCCACGAGCCAAGAAGAGCGGCAUCAAAAUCCUCCACAGCAAAGAGGAAAAGGACGACCAGGAGCCAAUCAAGUGUCCAGUGCCGGGUUGUGACGGGCAGGGUCAUGUGACGGGGAAGUACGCGUCCCACCGCAGUGCGUCGGGCUGCCCCCUGGCGGCCAAGCGGCAGAAGGACAGCUACGUGAACGGGUCGCAGUUCGUCUGGAAGUCGGGGAAGACCGACGGCAUGAGCUGCCCGACGCCCGGCUGUGACGGAUCGGGACACGUCAGCGGGAGCUUCCUCACACAUCGGAGUCUCUCCGGUUGUCCCCGUGCCACCUCGGCCAUGAAGAAGGCGAGGAUGAGCGGCGUGGAGAUGCUGACAAUCAAGCAAAGAGCAAGCAAAGGCAUCGAAAAUGAUGAAGAAAUCAAACAGCUGGAUGAAGAAAUCAAAGAUCUGAACGAGUCCAACAAUCAAGUGGAGUCCGACAUGAUAAAACUGAGGACACAAAUCACCUCGAUGGAGACGAACCUGAAGUCCAUCGAGGAGGAGAACAAGGUGAUCGAGCAUCAGAACGACUCGCUGCUGCACGAGCUCGCCAACCUCAGCCAGUCGCUCAUCAACAGCCUCGCCAACAUCCAGCUUCCACACAUGAAACCGCUGCCACAGAAAGAGGCCCCAGUAAAGCAUAACUGCUGUUUACAGAUGCCUCCCAGAGAGCCAAUGAAUGAACAGAACUUUGACACUUAUGUGAGUACAUUGACAGACAUGUACACUCACCAGGACCAGUACCAGAGCCCGGAGAACAAGGCGCUGCUGGAGAACAUCAAACAGGCCGUUCAGGGGAUCCAGGUCUAGCCCUGGCUGAGGCCAAAAUAACAAAUGCAAAGCAAAAACAACAACAAAAAAAGAUCAAAAAGAGGGUUACGGGUUGUUUUUUGCUGCUGUAAUCUAUGAUAGCUCUUUUAAUUAUACUGCUCUUAUGCUCUCAACUCCAUGGGUAUCUUUUUUUAUCAUUUUGAUUGUCGUUGCCUUGCUUUGAAAAACAACGUUUUAAACGAACAUUCACGUUUUGUACAUUUUCAUAUGACCUAAUAUAAUGUGAUGUACUGUUUAUAGCUGCUAAUGUAUGCACAUUCUAGUGUAUAUGUAUUUAUUUAUUGUAAGCUUGAAUCAUUUCUUAUUUUAACGCGAAAAAACUGGGCGUCACGGGUUACAUGGGGAGCAGAAAGGAAAAAUGGGAAAGCUGAAGACCAAUCAUUUUUGAAAGGUUUUUCUCACGAGCUGAAAACAGGUUGUUUUAUGGAUGUAAUUCAUUGAUUUUUGUAAUGUUUGAAAACAAUAUUACUGUAAAUCUUUAGCUAAAGUAGAAGAAGAACCAAUGCUUUAAGCAAGAAGAUUUCAAACAUCAUGACACGGAAACUUACUGGUGCAAAUCCCAUCAUCCCCUUCGGAGUUGUUUCGUUUUAAACCGUCGCUUUUCUUUGUUGGAGAACGAAGCGGAAAGACCAAUGGCUACAGAAAACGUAGGAGACAAUCUGCCAUUCUGAAUUUCUUUUAAUCAUCAACCUUGAACUAGCUAAUAAGGCAAUGUGUCAGCAAUAUUGGUACGAUAAUAUUAAAUUGUUUGUUUAGAUAUGGGAUGCAAUCUAUAUGAAAAAAAAUGUUUGGGUAUAUGCAAUUUCUUAUGAAUAAAACUAGCAUAGAGCAGAUAGAUCUUUUUACUAACUAUAAAUGUAUUGCGUUUUGUAUAACCUUUUACUACAAUCAUGUUUUAGGAAUCUGACGCGGGUGAAAGGACUUUGGUUCUGUCAUGUUCGACUUUGCACAGGGACACCUUUGUUUCCAUGUUUUGAUGUUUUUAUUGUCAAUUAAGAGGCACUUGGCAGGCGUAUGGAUUUGUAGAUAUGAUUUUUUCUAUCUAAAGGCUGACGGCUCCACUGGACUUACAGGGUCAAACGUCCCCAUCCGUCAUUGUAUAUUGCACUCGUUCUGUAGAAAACGUCUUUUCAAUCAUGCAUCCUAUUGUGUGAGACACAAUGGGAAAUGAUGGCAGACGACAUGAUGACCAAGCAGCACUUUUUAUUAUUAUCUUUGAUUGUUAUUGAAAAUAUGAAGAAAAACUAAGCCAGCAGUCGUGAACGCGACGUCUGCGCACUGAAUUUACCGACUGAGUAUUUGAUCUGAAUCGGCCUUACGUUGACAUUCAGUCUGAAAUCACAGUACUGACUGAAAAUGUUUUCUGAACACCGUCGAUCAUGCAUGCACUUUAUUGGAGUUUGUCAAAGUAUUAUCACGUGGUAAAUGAAGCAAAAACUGUACAGCGAGUUUGUGGAAACUGUGACUUUGACAAGACUUUGUGCUGGUGAUUCCUGGAUGAAAGAACCCUGAAACACAUUUAACUGAGAAGAUGAGUUAUUUAAAGGAAAACUCCCCCUCUGGUCCCCCUAAAUUGUAAUAAAACCUCCACCACUUUAAGUUUAUUUUAAAUCCAUUUAAAAAGAUGUACAAAGACAGAGUAUUGAACCACAAGGGUUAGCUCCUCUCUAAAACAUUACCCUUUUCUAUAAGUAUUGGAAAGGCUCCUUUUCUAUACACAUUAUUUAUGGAUUGUAUUGCAUUGGUUAAUACAAGAACUGUUUCUCUUUGGUCAACCUGACGAUAGAGACAUGUGAGGAGCUUGUUUCUGCUGUUUUGGGUUCCAUAAAAGUAAAGCUUCCAUGUAUCUUCUGGGUAGACAAUGUUUGGUUUACUGUCAGUUCAAUUGUCAAAAGAUUAACAGCUAUACUAGAAAAAUAUUUGAGUCGAAGGAACAAACCUGUCUUCGGAAAAGCUAACGGUGAAAGUGAACUGCAACUCCCAAAGUGCAUUUUGGGGAAACACAUCCAAUCACAAAGUUUGAACCCCAGCUUUCCGUGCUCAUCCUUGAUGAAGAGUCGAAACAUGAAGAUUAUUCUUUUUGGAAAACUACAUUUUGAGUUCACUUUGAGUUAUUGGGGCCUUUUUGGACGAUAACUUUGGCCCUAAGCCUUUGUGACAUCUGGUUUAUUCUCCACUGUAGCAACAAUGGGUAUAUUGAAAUAUUUAGACCCAUCCACCAUAACAUAUUGGCGGUGAAAGAUUGCAAUUUCUCAAAAGCGAAAUCAUCAAUCUGGUUCAGUGUCGAACCUCAACCUUUUCUGAAAAUGAGAUCAGUUGCAGAUUUCCUACUUUUUUCAGAAUGCCUUUCAAUAGAGAAAGGGAUCAAAAGUCGUUGCAAUCGCUCAAAUAAUAAAUAUACAAUUAUCUUUGCCUUGAGGUAGCCACCCCAAACUUUCCAUGUGACAAUAUGUUCAGCAUAUUUUUUUCUAAAUGAAGUUAGGCUAGAAGACAUCAAGAGUAUUUGAUAAUUAGGGGGCUGGUUGGGCUUGAAAUACACACUUGAACUCACUUAAGCUCAAAUGUGUAGAAAAUAUGUAUAAAUAUAAUUUAAAAGACAUUUAAGGUGUUAACCAUCCUCAACUUUGACCAAGUCAUGAAGAUGUAAUUGGUGAAUGAGGAAAGGAUCCGGUUUCCAAUCAGUCCAGCUUCCCACAGGAAGGAAAAGCAAACUUCAGACGGCUAACUGGGGGAGUUUUCCUUUAAAGAUGCGUCUUCUUUGGACUUUUACUGCAAAGCCUCAUUCCCUGAUUUCACAUCUCUGCCCAAAGCUUUGUGUCUGCAGCUUCCUGCCAGUAAACUUCUGCAUUAGAUAGACUGACAGCUUGUAUUUUUUAUUUAGUGGGUUAUUCUUAACUGAAAACAAAGGAGAUGGGAGUUAAAGCACAAUUCUGCCACUUAAAGACAAUUCAAUAGACUAGAUAUUGUAAUAUCAGAUGUAAAAGCUAAACUGUAACUAUUUACAUAGAAAAAUCUCAACACUAACAUGUGACAUGCUAGAAUGCAAAAUAAAUCCAUAUGAAUAUUUGUGAAAUCAUCAGUUUAUGAAAAUGUUACAGUUUCUUUUGGGCGGUGCAUUGAUAAAGGGGUUUUUAUACAACAUUCAUUUUCUCUCCUUUUUACCCCUUUCUCUGUGUCACUCGCAAACUUUCAACAACAGUUUUUCUUACCACAUGGCAUGGGUUUUGUUGAUAUUUUUGCUGUAUGUUUAAGGUCACGAGUUGCUACGUGAUAUUUUAAUUUCACUUGUGAAGUUUGUACAAUUUUUAUCAUGCUGGUGUUGGCAUCUCUUGCUCUGAAUAAAUCUUGUGUUGCAACACUGA